CUCUCUCUCUCUCUCUCUUAAAUAUAGCAGUGUUAGUUUUUCAAUGGACAACAUCACUCACUCCCCAACCACCACCACCACCACCACCACCACCACCAUCACAACCCAAGAAAACCCCGCCACUACCAUUUCCACCGCCAGCGGCAACUCCUCCUCUGCCACCAGCAGCAGCACCACCACCACCACCACACGGAAGUGCAAGGGAAAAGGAGGCCCCGACAACAACAAGUUCCGUUACAGGGGGGUGCGGCAGCGGAGCUGGGGCAAGUGGGUCGCCGAGAUCCGGGAGCCCCGGAAGCGGACCCGGAAGUGGCUCGGCACCUUCGCCACCGCCGAGGACGCUGCCCGAGCCUACGACCGCGCCGCCGUCAUCCUCUACGGCUCUAGGGCUCAGCUCAACCUCCAGCCAUCCUCCUCCUCCUCUUCCGCCGCCUCCUCUCGCGGCUCUUCGUCCUCCUCAACCUCCUCCUCCUCGUCCACCCAAAAUCUCCGGCCUCUGCUUCCACGUCCCUCGGGCUACGCGUUCGCCUUCCCUUCUUCAUCUUCUUCUUCUUCCCCGGCGCCGUUCUGUUCGGCCCCGUACGGGGUGUACGUCCCUAGCGGUGCAAUUAAUAGCAACAGCGUCGUUGUCCCGUCCGUACAGCGCCCGAGCAACGUCGUACUACAGAAUCUUCAGAUUCCGAAUCAGCAUAAUUUUCAUCCUCAGGCCGGACAACAUCCUCAAGAACAAUAUCUGUGUGCACGGCCCGACGGGAUCGAGAAUGUCCCCACCAUGGCGACUACCACCACCUCGGAUGGAAACCCUAACUAUGGACACCAAGAACAACAACUACGAGAAGAUCCAGAUCGCCAUAAUCAGCAGCAACAUCAUCAGCUCGGUCACUCAAAUUACAGCUACGUAGACAUCAACGCACUCGUGGGGUCGGUGGGCGCGAGCCUUUCCUUGGUCUCGGAGGCGGAGGCGGAGGUGGCCCAACCAGUGCCUCCAGAGACGACCGCUACCGAGGUGGGGCAGGGUUUGCCAUCGAUGUGGCCGCUGGGGAGCGAGGAUGAUUACAUUCACCAUGGAAUUUGGGAUUACGGAGACCCUUUCUUGUUUGAUUUUUGAGGAGAAGUGUUGGAUCUGAUUAUAGUAGCAUGAUAUAUGCUAAUCAGAGCACGAACACGCUGAAGUGCUCCUUCGGCGUUCGUCAAGAUGGUUGCAUGCUGGUGCUUUCAAGGCCGGUGAUGGCUCGCUUUCGAGGGUUCGACUGCAUUUGCACUGAGCGGCGGAACUCUCUGGCCAUAUAUCAGCGAA